CCUAUUUCUUUCAAAAUGGCUCCCACCCGGAGUAUCAUCGGGUUUUUAAAUCCGAAAACUCUUACCACGGUGUUUAGUAACAAUAUUAACAAAACUACGUGUCGGUUCGUCCAUAAAUGUAAUAAAUGUGAAAAAUUUCUUGGAGGGCCUGCAAUUGCUAUUGCAUCAUUAGUGCACAAUAAAUUCAAUUAUAACACGGGUGCUACUAGGCAUCGAUAUAUUCACACCACCAACUGUCUGGCCGCUCGCGUGGAUUACUACAAGGUGCUGGGAGUUUCAAAGAAUGCCUCCGCUAAAGAUGUGAAGAAGGCAUACUAUCAGCUUGCGAAGAAAUAUCAUCCGGAUGCAAACAAAUCUGAUCCCGAGGCGUCAAGGAAGUUUCAGGAAGUUUCGGAGGCUUAUGAGAUUCUCUCUGACGAGAACAAGCGUAAGCAAUAUGACACCUUCGGCACUACGUCUGAGCAGAUGGGUAUGGGCGGUUCUCCUGGUGGGGCAGACGGGUUUACCCACCAGUGGCAGUACAAGGCCACCAUAGACCCCGAAGAGCUGUUCCGGAAGAUAUUUGGAGACGCUGGUUUCAAGAGUGAAUCUUUUAGUGAUUUCGCUGAGAGCCAGUUUGGCUUUGGUGCUGCUCAGGAAGUCAUAGUAAAUCUCCGCUUCACGGAGGCAGCACGAGGCGUGAACAAGGAUGUGAACGUGAACAUAGUAGACACGUGUCCGAAGUGCCAGGGCUCCCGAGCUGAACCGGGCACUAAGGCUAUCAAGUGCACGUACUGCAAUGGUACGGGGAUGGAGACGUUCUCGCGAGGUCCUUUUGUGAUGCGGUCUACUUGCCGACACUGUCACGGGACGCGCAUGUUGAUCAAAUUCCCCUGCGUCGAGUGUGAAGGGAAAGGCCAAUCGGUACAACGCAAGAAAGUAACAGUCCCAGUGCCCGCGGGCGUGGAAGACGGUCAAACCGUGCGCAUGGCGGUCGGCAACUCGGAGAUAUUCGUCACGUUCAAGGUUGAGGCCUCCAAGUACUUCCGACGCGACGGACCAGAUGUACAUUCGGACUGCACGAUUUCCGUGUCUCAAGCUUUACUUGGUGGGACUGUCCGGAUACAGGGCCUGUAUGAAGACCAUACACUCCAGAUUUUACCAGGCACAUCGUCACACAGGUUGAUCAGGCUGUCGGGGAAAGGCAUGAAGCUGGUCAGCAAGCAUGGCUACGGCGACCAUUACGUCCACAUCAAAAUAAAGGUCCCCGCAACAUUGAACGAGAAGCAGAAGGCGCUCAUCUACGCAUACGCUGAGUUAGAAGAGGACACGCCUGGCCAAAUACUAGGUGUCUCGUAUGACAGAGAUGGCAAGAAACAGUCCGUAGCAGAGAACCAAACCCUCGUAGACGCCGUGAAAGAAGCUCUUAAGGACAAGAAAUCCGUCGAGGGAGAGGCUCAGAAGACAGAGGGCGCCACCGAAGCGACGGAAGAGCUCAAAGAAUCUAAGAGGAGUAAAGCGUAGUACUAUCUGGACUUUGAUCUAGCUGCGAUAAAUGGAACGAGUAAAUGAAAAUGUAUAAGAAGCCGCGCACAAAAGAAAGUCGCCGUCAAUAGAAUUUGUGAACAAUGUAAACAAACCUUGUAGUCAAAAUGUCUUUAAUUUCCAUUCUAACUCAUCAGAUACUGGCUAAAUCCAUGUGUUAUUUAAUCAAUUCAUAUCACAUUAUGAUCCCCAACCUUCAAUAUAAUAAAAUUGUGCUAAAUAUCGAUAUUUUAUAAAAUGGUUUGUUUACAUUGUUGACAAUUUCUAUUGACGGCGACUUUAUUUAGAAAUGUAUCUGGGCCGCUUAUCAAAACUUAUUUGAAAUAUGAAAAUGUAGGUUUGUAUUCCCAUUUCCAUAAUUAUAUUAGGUCAGUAACAAAUACAGCUUGGCAAAAAAAGAGUAGAAAUUGAACUAAUAAUUUUUAUAAUAGCAACACUUUUCUGAUACAGAAGUGUCAAAAUAGUUGCCACAUGCAAAACGGUUUACAUAGACGGUGGCGCCCCUAUUAUUUUCUACUUUUUUUUGCCAGGCUGUACCUACUUUGUAUCGCAGCUAGUGUCUUGAGGAAUGAGAGAGGCACACUGACAUUUUAUCCCGACAGGCGGCGCCUGUGCAAGUGCCUAGGCAUGUCACUGUCAUUCAUGUGUGAGAGAAAAAAAAUCAUCUGCUCGCUCUCACGUAUGAAAUUCUUUAUAUGUGCAAUGGACUAAUAGGGUGGCGCCAUCUGUCAUAACCUUUGAGUGUGCCUCCUCAUUGGCUUUUGGGUCUAACACAACUGGCAGAUAUUUUUUUUCUACUAGUACUGUAUGUUACGACGUUGUAUUUGCGAUUUGAUAGCCAGUUGUGCCAGAUAUGCACACUAUGGAACUCAGCGCUUAUAAAUGAAAUGUUUACUUCCUUAUAGCAGAAAUAAUUCCAAUAUUUGAUAUAAAUUCCUAUAAAUUGACUGACAUACGGAUUUGAAUGUUCAUUCUGGUUUAUUUUUAGUAUUGUGUUUAUUUAGAUUUGCAUCAUAUUUUCUUAUGAUUUUGUCUUACACAAUUUCUGUAGUGUACAGUUCUGUGAUACGUUAGAUAGCAAUAA